AUGGCAUUUUUUUUUUGCUUGAUUGUGUUUGCUUGUCCAAGAGACACAUCGAGUGAGAUAAUGGAGAAAUGGAAUUCUAUUACACUCGAAAUCGUAUACUAUGUUUUGGGUUGGAUUGCUUUCUUCUCCUGGACUUUUGGUUUCUACCCACAAAUUAUUCUCAAUUACAGAAGAAAGAGCGUUGUGGGGCUUAAUUUCGAUUACUUGGUUUUCAAUUUGGCUAAGCAGUCGUCGUAUCUCAUCUACAACGCUUCUCUCUUUUUUAGUCCUGCUGUUCAGAAACAAUACCACGAGAAAUAUGGAUUUGGAGAGAUGAUACCUGUAGCUGCCAGCGAUGUAGCUUUCUCUACUCAUUCUAUUCUGUUGACAUCAUUUGCCUUGUGCCAAGUUCUUGUCUACGAACGUGGAAGUCAGAAGGUCUCCAGACCUACAAUUGGAAUCACUGCAGCAGUGUGGGUUACUGUUCUUGUUUGUCUGUUCAUAGCUUGGCCUCACCAAUCUUGGCUAUGGCUGCUAUCUGUCCUCAACACAACACAAGUCACCUUGGCGGUCAUCAAAUACAUUCCCCAGGCACUCUUGAACUUCACGCGAAAGAGCACCGAAGGAUUAGCCAUUGGGAUCAUUUUACUUGAUUUUCUUGGAGGUGUGACAAACUCUACGCAAAUGAUCACACAGUCUAUAGACCAAGGAUCAUUUGAGAACUUUCGUGGGAAUUCUGGGAAGAUCCUGCUUUGUUUGGUAACCAUCUUGUAUGACCUCGUAGUCUUCUUCCAGCAUUAUGUGCUGUAUCGUUCCAAGAACGGGAAGAUAUCAUCAUUUUCGGAUGAGUCACACAAUGGAAGUACAGCUCCACUCAUUAGAUCGUCUGACUCGUGCCAACAGGAUAACGUGUAAAUUCUUGUAUUUGUAUAUGUUUCCUCUUUCCAGGUGAACGCAAGGAAUACCCUGUUGAAGUAUACUUCCAAGACCGUAUAGCAUUUUCACAUGGUCACAAGGUCUCUGCUAUAGUUUUCUUUUCUUUUUUACUGGAUGUGCUCUAUCGUGGAGCAGACAAUGGUGUAAUACAAGGUCUUUUUAUUUACUCGUACUAAUAAUCUUGUUCUUGAGGAAACUAAUAGUUCAAUGAUUUCUUGACGAAA